AGCAGGCCAUUCAGAACACGUGCUGGGUCCGACAUGCUCACACAUUUAUUCACUCAUGGAGGUAUCGUCCGUCCGUCCGUCCGUUGCCGGCCUUGUUGCCCUGGCUGAUCAAUUCUGAUACACAGGCAGGUAGGCAGGCAGGCGGGGAGGCAGACACACAGGUGGAUACACACAAACACACAGAGAGUAGCCCGUCCGCGAGCCACUCACUGAAUUCCAGCCAGGCAGCCAGGCACACACCGCGCAUAAACACGCUCUCUCACGCACACACUCACGGGCACACGCCAUGGGAUGUUUCUUAAAGCACCAACGCACCCCUUCACAGCCAUCCGCCCAUUCGCCCGCCCAACCAAUCCGACCGGUCAAAGAUGGAUGGAGAAAAAUCUGCCAUUCUGCACGUCACACGCAGCAUGAGGGCCAUAUACGCAGCCACACACCAGCAGCACGGCAAGUCAGACAGACAGACAGACGGUGAGAGAGAGGGCGAGAGGACGAAAGAAAGACAUACGGCGAGAGAGGAGGAGGGAGAAGGGGAAGGGCCGCGGAAAAAUCAACCACUUCAUGCAUGCUGCACAGGUGAGUGGCGCGCGCGGGUGCGCGGGAGGGCGGACACCCACACAUCAUUCACAAGACAACACACUGAAAAAAGGAAAACGGAGGCACGGCAGGAGGAAGGAAGGUUUCGCCGUCGUCUGUGAAAAAUAACUCCCGUCUCAUACGCCUUGUGUGGCGUGUCCGCCCACUCGCCUCCCCACGACUGACAGACAGACUGUACACACACACACACACACACGAGAACUUUCAUGGGCGCCCUUUCAGAAAAGGGACGAAAAAUGGGAAGGAACAUCGCACGCACACACACACAGAGGCACAGAAGGCAGGUAUAGGGGGUUCUCUCGUCCCCAGCCUGUCAUGUCUGUCUAUGCGACUAAGUGAGUGCCUGCACGCCGGCCCGUGAGGUGCUGUGCGGCUUCCCCAACACACACACUCCACACACACGCAUGACUCCACGCAACACAGCAAGCAGGUCUGUCUCUGUGUACGGGGGCUAGCUCGGGCUGUACAUGACGUUUGUCGCUCUCCCUCCCUCCCUCUCCGUCUGUCUGGUUUGUGCGCACCCCCCCACUCGCAGCCAACAAAAGCACUUCUUCUGUCUCUUCUUUGACGGCUUUGCCCAUAAGUCAGUCAGUUAGUCGAGCCAGAGAGAGGCCUCCAAGAUGUCAAGAUGAUCCCACCUUUCUGUCCGCGGGCUUCAUUACCGUAGCCGAGGCCGACGCCAAAAGGUGCCCAUUGCAACGCAACAGUGGGCACCGUGCGGACUCGGCCACGCAUACGAGAAUGAAGACACACAAGACAUGUGGGCAGACACGGCGACAAAUAGCCCUCGGCCAGCCCCCCAUUGACAUGGCAUCCACUCAUAUAUUCGAGCACACACAUUCAUUUCACGCCACGCGUCAAAAGCGGUCAGCCACUGGCAGGCAUGUCGCUCCAAAAGUUCCCUCCUCCCUCCCUGUCUGUCUGCAAAAGUAACCCUCUCACACACACCAUACAUAUCACACGCAUACACACAACAGACAGGCGACCGACAGCCGGCGGCCAGAAAGAAAGAAAGAGCAAGCCCGGCCCGGCCGCGCAAACAAAAAAUUGCAAAACCUUCCACUCCACUCACACACACACGUGGAUAUGCAAACACUUCCGCACCCACACAAAGCACGCCAUCGAUCCAGCCAUCGAUUAGCCCGCUGGUUUGUCUAUCAUUGUGAGGAGUAGAUGCCGCCCUGUCCAGUGGCCGUGCCGUCGACAUAGGGCGUGAGGUCCUCUUCGGCAGCAAACCCAUCCAAAGGCGUCGACUGAUGCUCAAACGUGUCACCUCGAGACCUGACACACAAACACAAACACAAACACAACGACUUCUCCCUCUCCGCUAUCUCUCUCUCCGCCUUUCCUUUCUGAUGCACACACGCACGCACCCGUUGAUCCAGUAUCGCGGCCCCUGUGCCAGCCCAUGUUGCCUCGAGGACUGGAAGGGCGCGUGAGAGCUCUCGGUGUCGCCUCGCAGGUCGGGCGGGCCGAUGUCUGGGUGCUGGUGGUGCUCGGCCGUGAGCGGCACGGGAAUGUUGGCGCGGCCCUUGGUCGACACUGGAUGGUAUGACACCAGGCCGUGCCCUGUGCGUGUGCCAGGCAACAAACAAAGAGAGUGGGGGAGUGUGCACAUGGUACUGUGUGUGUGUGUGUCUCUGUGUGUGUCUUUGGCGGUAUUACAGUAGUUGAGCAUGAGUUCGUUCUCCCUCUGGUCGCCCAAGCGGUUCAGCAGAAUGUAGGUGUCAGUGCCAUACCUGCACAACACAACACAACACAACACAACACACGAUACAUGUACCACACCUUCUUUCUCCCCAUCUCCUUCCCUCCCGCCAUCCCCUCACCCACCCAGCAACGCUGUGUAUGUUGAGGUCGCCCCCGAAGUACCGACAAUAGAGGCGCGACAGCGGCAGACCGAAGCCAUAGCCACCCACCUCCUUGGGCGUCACCAGCCCGCCCACCGGGCUGCCGUGUGCGGCCUCCCCCGCUGCGCCGGGGGGGACAGUGCCGUUGAGCGGGUUGAGGAAUGAGGGGCUGGGCUGCUGGUGGUUGUGAUUGUGAUUGUGCUGGUGGUGUGUGGAUGUGCACUGGCUGCUGUCGUGGGUGCGCUGGUGGCCGACGGUCGUGUAGCCGUACCGCCAGAUGUUCUUGAGCAGAUCUGAUGACACAUCAGAGACAAACAAACAGAGAGACCGACAGACAGACAGACAGACAAACAGCGGGUGGGUGUGUCGUGGGUGUCGGUCGGAUCGUGUGCAGAAUGAAUGAAAUGGCUAUUACUUGAUUCCAUGCCGCCCCCUUCGUCCGAGACCUUGACCAUCACGUCGUAAUGCCCCUUGUGCAGACGAACACGCACCUGAUCAAUAACCAACACACACACACAUACACGCCAUGAGACAGACACCCAGAUGCCCACCAAACGGACCGACCUUUGGUAUGGAUUCGUCGAAGCAGUCGCUGUUGGGGAACUUCCUCAGGUGGUUCUCGACGGUCGCGCGCAUGCUGUUCUUCAUGAUCUCAAAGAGGAUGAACUUGACGUGCUCCGGGAUGAAGGAAAACGACAGAUCUAAGUCGCCCUCCAACUCAAACUGAGGCGACCGCCCGUACACCCAUAUCCCGAUCUGCACAGACGACAGACAGACAGACAGACAGACAGACAGACACACCAACACGCAGCCAGCACCCACACACACACACACACACACACACAGCCAAGUGACCGGACCGCAUCAGCGCCCUCCCGCCCCACCAUGCCAAGCCCAGCCCACCCACCUGCGACACGCGAUCAGCGACGGCCUGGAUGAGCGGUGCCGGCCUGAACUGCUGGUGGAUGAUGCCCACGUACGGCCUCUCCGGGUCGACAGCAUCGUCGUCAGACGGCCUCGACGAGGGGGACGGCCGGCUGGGGGAGGAGGAAGGUGUGGAUGAUGGGGGAGAUGACGGCGGGUCGGCCUUGAGCGCCUCCAAGUCACGAAAGUGGUCCUCACGCACAGCCAGAUAGUGCUCUGGACGAACAAGGAGGACAUAGCGUCAGCACGGCAGUGUGUGUAUCUGGUCCUCCGUCGUACCUGAGAUGAGUCUGUUGCCGAUGCGGGUGUUGAACAGCCGGUCGAGAAAUCGGUCUAGGGCGAUGUCGGGGUAGGACGCGCGCAACUCCACAACACCCUUUUGCAUGAGACUGGUUACCUCGGCAUGCUCAGAAACCUGACACAACACACACACACACACACAGAAUCCUCGUGUGUGCGUGUGUCAGUCUGUCUGUCUGUCUGUCUGCUGCCUCACCAGCCUCGCCAGUGUCCUGGCAAAGUGCGCCUCGGCCCUCUCGUCCCGAACGUUGCCCACCCCGCUAAUCUUCUCGAACGCAUCGGCAUACAUCGAGUACACCCUGUGGAUGUGCUCGUUGCCCGUCACGACAUACGGCAGCCUGUUGAAGUCGUACAGCCGGUGCGCCAGCCUCACAGGCAGCUCCCGUUGGAUCCAGUUGGCCGCCCGCACGAGCGCCUCGGUGCCGGCGCCCUCGCCAGUGCGGCUGACGGCGCAUGCCUUGGCGUGCCGCAUCAUGUCGCGUAUCGAUAUGGGCGUCACGGCCUGCUGUGCGACCUUCUCGAUGCGAUACAGCAGAGACCUCGUCAGACCUGAGAUGCCGCACUCCAUCUCAGUAGCUGGUGUUGAGAGAGGUUGCUCCGAUGACGUCCGCUGUUGCUAACUAGCGAAAGACAGCUAAGCACGAGCCUUCCACAUGUGCCUCACAACAACCCGUACGCGUCGCGUUUGUGUGGG